UGACAGACACUACUCAGGAGUGGCAGACACAGCUAGCUAAGAGACCAACACUUUGAGAACAGAGAAGACCCUGCAGGCAAGAGCCGACAGGGAGUGGGAGUGGUGAGAGGCCGGGGGUGCGGUGCUGGCAGGCUGGGCCCUACUGUCAAACUGGUGAACUUGGUCUUGGCACCUCUCCAAAUUCACCCCUUAGGUGUGUUUAUUUACCCGUCGUCCCCGCUUGAUUCUCUAACUCUGGGAAACUCAGGGGUACAGCUCACAUUCUCCCAGUCUCCAGAGCCCUGGGAUCAGUCAUGGGUACCUCCAGCAUCUUCCUCUGCAGUCUGUUCCUCUGUGGGGCUCUUGGCCUCGCCACAUCCCCUAGCCCAGGGCGGCUCUGUUACACCUGCGGCUUCACCAAGCCCUGCUACCCUGCUGUCACCAAAUGUCAAGAUGACGAAGCUUGCAGCAUCAGUACUGGCACCUCAGAACACAAUGAGGUCAUCCAGCGGAAGGGCUGCCUCCCACGUGCCCAGUGCUCCCUGCCUGGCCACACCACCCACCGGGAGCGAAACUAUGCUCUGCGGCACCACUGUUGUGAGCAGGAUCUGUGCAACAUGGCCGCCAGGCUUCAGGGCACCCCCAGCCCGCUCCUCACCACCCUGUUGCCCCUCCUCACCAGCUGGAUCUGGGGAGGCUAUCUCCUCCACUAGCCUUGCACCGACCUGCAGCCCUCAACCCAGGGCUCCUGCAGCAUCACAGAAGGGCCAAAGCCCUAGAAACACCUGCACAGAUUCCAGAUAAGUACAGGAACCUGUAGACCUCAGAUCCUGGCCCUGCACAGACUCCUCCCAAGUUCUGAUCCCGUGGGCAGAGCCCCUGUCCCUGAAGGCACCAGCCUGGAACCCAGGUCCAUAAAGAACCUGUCUUUGCGGCUUCUGUUUUCUCCAAAUGCUGCUGCUAACGUCUUCUCUCAGCUGUAGGUCUCUAACAAGGCAGGGUCUUGUCCCAGGCAAGAAGACUGAAGGGGCACCAGGCACCAGGAGGCAGAGAAACUUGCUGGGAAAGAUGAAUUUGGGUGUGGGGAACUCAGGUAUGCGGGCUUGGGGAACUAUAAAGAGUAAAUGUAAUUAAAGUGCUAUCUGGCAAUCUGGUAACA